UAAGUACCGUUUAUAUUAUAUUAUAUUGUAUAUAUUAUAUUAUUAUCUUAUACACAUAUUCUCUUGAUCAUAUUCAAAAUAAUGUUAAUAGCCACGGCUCGACUCCGCCUACGCCUCCACCAACCCCUCCAACUCCGAUCACCGCCUUCUCGUUCACUUGCACAGCGGUCACCACCAGGUCGACUACUCGAUCGGGUUCACUGGAGCUGCUUUCAGGUCAGUGCUACCCGGACCGGAAGGAGGUUGGAGGUCGUGUGGACGAGGAGGAAAAUGAGAACUAUGAUCUUUCAGCUGGUCCAUUUGGACAGGAUCGCGACAGCAUGUCGGGCGAGGACCUUUGUGCCUCUGAAACCUCUUCGAUUGAUCCCGAUUGCCAUUCUCAUCAUGGCACUACCAUGCAUCAAGCACAGGUUGGUAAUCUAAAGGACACGCAUUUCAAAGAACAAAUAUUAUUCCUAAGCAAUAAAACAAAUAUUCUUCUAUACUUAUAUAUAUUUUCAACCAAUCGGUAUUUUAGCCUUUUAUGCUGA